AGCAGCAUAAUUCCUGUGGAAAUGCACUUCUGGAGAGAGCGUCGUAUAAAAGCUAUCGGUAAGGACACGUUUGUAGUCAGUCCAUGUUGGAACCGUUGCGCAAAAAGGAUACUUCUUGGUGGGAGGAAGGAUACUGAUACUGAGUGCGGUUGAAAGUUCAGUAUAAGGAUAUCACUGAACGUUGAGUACGGUGCGUUGCGUUGAUUAGCUCUCAUCUAUGUCAAUCGCGUUGCGUUUUGUCGGAGGUGAUAGUGCGUGAAAUAGUACGAAAGUGGAGCACCACGGAUGGGAUACUGGGGCAUAUGCUGUGCGAACGUCAAUGCACGCGGUGCACGAGGCGAUGUGCUGUGUUUUUGCUCGGUGCGCUCUGCUAUUGAUUUUUCUGAGCUGAACGGAGCUGGAGCUCGUCCUGCUUGGAGUGUGAAUUAAAUAUUUAUGAAUGGAGUAACGUUAUCUAAGGGAAUCAACGGAUAGAACGAGAACGGCGUGUUUUUUCUGUGUGAUGGAAUUGUGAAUUGUGCCGUGGAAUCGUGAAAGUGAGUUAUCCGUGACGGUGAACUGUUGGCUACGAAUGGGAAUUACAACGAACUGAAGAAGGUGCAGAAAGGAUUGAAUCGUAAUCAACUCGUGGAUUUGAUGUGCCUCGCGUUCUGUGAUCAUAGUCUGAUCAUUUAUUUAUGGCUUGAACCCAUUCACCCGGAAUGAUUUGAAUGGGAAUGUCCGUGGAAUAGGCCAUUUGUGUUACAUUUUAGUUUUUUUUAUCGGAAUAGUGUCCAGUUGUCAUCGUUCACGAAUAACAUUUAUGUUUGUCAAUAAACUUGUUCGAACAAUUAUAUAUCAUUGCAAAACCAACAUUCAGGGGAAAAUAGCGAGGAAAAACGUCGGUUGUAAAUUUUCCGGCUCCGCGAGUAUCCCGGGAGUGUCAGAUUCAAAUCUGAUCGGUGUGUGUAGCAGCGGUUGUUUACUUAUUUAUUGGUUGCUGCUCGAAAUUUAUUGGAAUAAUUGCGGCAAGCUGAAGUGAAUUGUUGCUCCAUGUGCGGGAAAUAAAGUACCAAAAAAACGUGACACGACACAUUGCCGAGCAAGCGGCGAAUGUGUCGAAAGCUCGAUUCAACGCCAGCGGGGUGCCUACCAGUCAGUGCAAACCAACACAAGAGGAAGAGGAAAAAUUAACAAAUUGGAGCCAUAAUUGCAAAUUUAUUGUGCAUACCGCUUAAAGCGUCUCGUGCUUCGGCCGGAAAAUCGUGUUACCUCGUUCCGUGCGGAAAAUUCACGUUCUCCGUUUUGCGGUUUAGAACUGUAUACAGUGCUAGUAUCCUGUUGGCAAUAGGGAGGCAAUAGUUUAUGUGUGUUGUUUCCCCAGCUGGAUUCAGUCGAUAAAUAACGACUAGCUAAGCGAAUUUAAAUUGUUUUCACCAGGCAGAGCAGAAGAAAUAAUUGUUUCACUUCUACCAAGAAGAGUGUGCUCCGGUAGCUUAGUCUCUGCGGCAGGCGAACGUUCAAUAAAUUUAGUAAAAUGGAGAAUUUAUUAUCGAGGUUGGUGAUUAUCCUAGGAUUAAUAACGUUAUCGGUUACGAGUGCCCUUGGAGGUCCGGCCAGUGGAAGCACAUCCAACAUCAACGGCAACAACAAUGUGAACCGGGCUGCGAACGGAGCAAACCUCACUCCGGCGACUCGUUUCGACGAUAAAUCGGAUACGGAUCCUUUUGAUGGGGAAACCAUUGUGCCGGUCCUUUCACUGGAGGAUCAGGUUCGGUUGCUAACGAAGCAGCUGAAUACGCUCACCAAUCAGCGACGUGAGGAUUACAAAAUGCUCGAAAACAGCUUGAAAAAGUACGUUCGGAAAAAUUCUGUGCAGCUGACCAACGCCGAAAUCCGGGAGGAGCUGGAUCGAAUGAGGGACGACAUCAAAAUGCUCCGGGACAGCAAUUCUCCGAACAAGGAACGCCUCACGGUGCAGUGGCUGUCGCAGUCCAUAGCGGAAAUCCGCUCCGAAUUGGCCGAGCUGCAGGAAUCGUCGAGCAACGUGUCCAAGGACGCCCAGCUGCGCAACCAACUGAUGGAAGAUAUCAAUACGCUGCGGACGGACUGUUCCACCAUGCGGCUCGAGCUGGAGUCGCUCCGUUCGCGACAGGAAAAAACCGAGGUGCUGGUGCGGGAACUGCGCGAGGAGGCCGUCCAAAGUGCAGAGGACAUCCGGCGGAGCCUGAACCGGCAGCAUGAGAAGAGCCAGAAUGCAUUGCUGCCGCAGACCAUCGAUUUUGUCGAGCCGGAAGCGGACCACCGGAUGCGCCAUCAUCGCUUCUUCCGCCAGCAGCUGCACGAGCUGGAGGUCAAGCAGACGGCGAUGAAGCGACAGCUAAACGACAUCUUCAACCACCGGAUGGCCGAUCGGUUGCGCAGCCUUGAAAUCGAACAGCGCCGACUGGCUAAUGCCAAUUUCAAUAUUAGCCGCCAGGUCGCCAGCUUGGACAAGCUGCACGGAUCGAUGCUGGAGCUGCUGGAGGACGUCGAGGGAAUACAGAACAAGUUUGAAAAAACGCUUCCGGACAUCAAGCGGGAGAUAUCGAAGGUCGAAUUCAACGCGGCACAGAUUUCGUCGGAACAGGGGCUGCUCCGGGAGGAGGGCCACAACGUGGCCAAGAGCAUCCAGGCGAUGGCCGUCAGUGUGAGCACGCUGCAGGAGGAGCGGGAAAAUGUCCGCAAAUUGGAGGAGCAGCUCCAGGUGAUGAAGAGUGAUUUGGAUAAGAUUAAGUCAGCGGCCAUGCUGCACAGGGAAAUGGCUCACCACCGGCUCGAGAAGCUGGAAGCCGAAUCGCGACCGGAACACAACGUGUCAUCAAAACUGACCGAGCUGCAGCGAACGUCCCGUCUGGUGCAACAGUUGGAAACCGUCGAAAACGAGUACGAGACCAUCAUCAACAAGCUGCCCCGUGACUGCACCCAGAUUCAACAGAUGAAAGCCCAAGGGGAAACGGGCCAGGGUGGCGAGGGAAAUCUUUAUCUGAUUGCACCGGCCGGACAGCACCACCCGCUGAUGACACAGUGUUUCAACGAGUGGACCACGAUCCAGCGCCGUCAGGACGGUUCGGUGGACUUCAAUCGCUCUUGGGAGGAUUAUGCAAACGGUUUCGGUAGCCCGGCCGGGGAGUUCUGGAUCGGCAACCAGGCGCUGCACCAUCUUACGAACGACAACUGCUCAAUGUUGCGGAUUGUGAUGCAAGAUAUCUACGAUAAUACCUGGUUUGCGGAUUACGAUGCGUUCAGAAUUGGCUCCCGGGAGGAUGGAUUCCGGCUGGAGCUCGCCGGCUACAACGGAAAUGCUUCGGAUGCUUUCGAGUACCAGAACCAUAUGCAGUUCUCGGCCAUUGACGUCGACCGAGAUAUCUCCAACACGCACUGUGCGGGCAAUUAUGAGGGUGGUUGGUGGUUUUCCCACUGUCAACAUGCCAACCUUAAUGGGCGUUACAAUCUGGGUCUGACGUGGUUCGACGCUUCCCGGAACGAGUGGAUAGCGGUCAAGUCCAGCCACAUGAUGAUUGCUCGGAGGCUCCAGUGCAGCAUUGGUGGUGGUGAGGGGAUUGGGGGUGGAGUCGGAAUCAGUGAGGAGAGUCCGAUAAUGGCCGAGCCGUUUUCUUCCGCCGCAACUGCGACGAUAUACAAGUAUGAAACCACCCUAUUGACCACAUUGUCAUCCGGCGGCUCGGCCGGGUCGGAGGUCUAGGGAUCUGCAGGAAGGCACAAUGUAAAGUAACCGUAGCACGUGCUCUCUCUUGUUCCAUUUGGAUUGUACAUUUUUCUACUGUAGGCAGACUGGAUGGCAAAGGAGAUUUUACUACGCCGUCGUAGAGGACGAGUGCGUGAGUGUGUUUGUGUGAAUGUGUGCAUUUGCAGGAUACUAAGGAUACAUAGCUUCCUAUUGGUAGUUUUAUGAGAUGGCGGAAAUUGGUUUGAUGUUAACCGAUACCACAGGUCAACAAUUACUGGGCAAGUAAACUCGGAAGUAAGAUGCACUCAACUGUCUUAUGGCCUUUCCGAUCGGGUUUUAUGAGAUUCUCACAUGAGAGGGAACACUACGUGGACCGUUCCUUUCCACUUCAGUCAAGUAGCACAAAGCCGCAGUUUUCAGUGCAUUGUUUUAGUUUCAUGGCAAUCAUUACUUUAAGUUUAUGCACUUUUGAUGAGCAAUUUAGAAAAAUAAUUAUAACCGUUUAGGUGUCAUUAACAAAUUUCUCGUACAGCUUUCGCUCGGAAACUGGAGUGAGCUGCAAUCGCCGAAGGCUGUUGUUUUCCGUUUUCCUCUCAUAAAUAAAAUUGUCCAUCUAUAUUUACAAGAGAACUGCUUUUCAAAAGUUUCCAAGAUCUUUAGUCUUGUUCAUCUCUAUGAAACUCUGUUGUCAAGCGCAUGCUAUAAUUUUGUGCUGUAAUCUUGUGACGCAUUUCAAAGCGAGGUAGUCCUGUAGAUGUCGGAGCAAUUGACAGUCCAAUGAAUUUGAUUUAUUUUGUUAAUAAACAAUAGAGUUGACUAUAAUUGUUCAAAGAAAACUUCAAAUUCUCGUCUGGAAUAAGUUAUUUCGUGGUUUAAAAAAAGCAUCCAAACGCGUUCACUGGUUCAAUCUUCCCAAUAAACGCUAAACGAAUGUUACAAACCAAACGCUUUCGCGUCCGACUCACAUUCAGAAUGUAAACAUUCGUUCA